AUAUGAGUUAGGUACUGCGUUUCACAUAGACUGUAUACAGCGAAGAAGGCAAAAGAAAUUAGUCGUGAAGUUAAUCAACCAACUAACCAAGAUGGUUAACAUAUUUGCUAUUCUAGUGGUUUCUUGUGUAUUGCUUCAUGAUGCCAACGCUCAGAACGAAGAUGAUUGUACACCUAAUGGUGUUCAGCAGAUUCUCCUAGAAGCCAAUGCUACUUUGCAUUGGUACAUGAACCCAGACGAGCCAUGUGAAAUAACAAUGUUCCAAGUAGACAUUGUCGGGGACAAAGGUGACGAGUACCAUUUCAAGAUCACGGAAAACUCCAUGGACUUGUCUUUCCUUGAAGUCUGCGAGGAGUGGAGGUUCACAAUCAUCCCCAUCUCGCACGACGUCAUAGGAUUCGGACGCACCUUGAGAGAAGCCAUCCCAUUGCCACCUAGCGCUGAUCUCACUCUGGCUUAUUUCAACGCUACCGCAAUAGGAGGGAGAGAAGUUCUUCUGGAAUGGGGCCUGGUCAACCACGUUUAUGGCGACUGUACUCUGCACUAUCAGCUAAGCGUCGCCGAUGAAGCACUAGGCAUAACGCAAGACGUCUACGUGCAAGGAACCUCCCUCCAUCUCACCUUCCUCUCACCCUGCGUGCCCUACGAGUUGGGCAUAAGGGCCGUUAACAGAGGUCACCCCACCAUUGAGGGACCGAGGAUAGGGAUGCAUUUCGAAAUACCUGCAAAACCUCAAAUAAUUCCAUCUCUAUCAUCCAUUGAAAUUGGGUCAACAGCUGUCAAUAUGACGUGGACCUUGGAAGGCAAUGCCAACAGAUGUCCAUUGAAAGCUCUCUACUUGGACGCUGGCAAUCUCUUUAAUAUAUCUGUGCCCUUGCUAGAUACACUGGAGUCAGAGCCGGUUCUAGUGGAAUUGAAGUCCCUCACGCCCAACAGCAUGUAUUUCUUCUGGGUAUACGUGGAGAAUAGUGCAGGGGCAUCACCGGCCUUUCCUAUAGCUGUCCAAACCCUUGACUUGAUCCCUAGCUAGUUACAUUGUAGAUACAAGACUUUUUAUAUUGUAAUUUAAAACGUAUUCUAGAUUAUGUCAUUUUUUUUGAGAAUGAAUAAUGAUAAUUAUAGCUCGA